AUGGCGUUCGACCCAAAUGCAGCCAAUUUUAUGGCCGGGCAAUUUGUAAACUUCUAUUUCAAAACGCUGUAUACUGCUCCGGCUACGGUGUUGGCUUGCUACAACGAGGAGUCGACUCUGCAGCGGUUCGAACGUGCGCCAGUAAUUGGAAGGGAGGUAAGAAAAAACUGUUUUUUCGAUCUUAUUAUGGGGUUUUGGAAAAGAUGACUUUUCAUUUCCAGAACAUCAAGUCUGAGCUCGAAAUCUUUCCAUUCGAUCGCCCAACAAUCCAUCAGUACGAUGUAGUGGACCAAUCCGAAAAUUCCCUCACAAUCAGAGUCCAUUUGACCACACAGCUCAAAGGCCAAGCUCCUCGCGAAGCUGUCCAGACAUUCCAUGUUGUAUUCAAAAGUCCCUCGGCUGAUUUGGGACCCUCAACAUUACACAUCGCCGCCGACAAGUUGGAAGAUGCCCAGGGUUCGUUUGACAAUUCAUGCCAACUUGCGAGACUGUCAAUUUCGAAUGUUGAAGUACCUCAAACUAGCGACAAUCCGACUUCUGAACCAAGUUCAAGCUUUAGUCAACCGACUGUGGAAAGAGACACGUAUCGAUGUAUAGCUUAUAAGGAGUAUUGA